AUGAUCGCAAUUGGCCUCGAAGGCUCCGCUAAUAAGCUCGGCGUGGGCAUUAUGCUCCAUCCCAGCGAUGGCAGCACCCCGCAAGUUCUCGCCAACAUUCGACACACGUACGUCUCCCCUCCCGGCGAAGGUUUCCUCCCCAAAGACACAGCAAGGCACCACCGCAUUUGGGUUGUAAAGCUUGUGAAGAAAGCUCUCCGCGAAGCUCAUAUCUCCGUCGCCGAUGUCGACUGCAUAUGUUACACCAAGGGUCCCGGGAUGGGUGCCCCCCUACAAAGCGUGGCAGUAGCCGCUCGUACGCUAAGUCUACUAUGGGGAAAGGAGUUGAUUGGAGUCAAUCACUGUGUUGGACACAUCGAAAUGGGCCGCCUGAUCACCGGCGCCUCGAACCCCGUUGUCCUCUACGUUUCCGGCGGCAACACACAAGUAAUCGCAUACAGCUCGCAACGAUAUCGAAUCUUUGGCGAAACCCUCGACAUCGCGGUAGGAAACUGCCUCGACCGGUUCGCGCGCACAUUACGCAUCUCCAACGACCCGGCACCGGGGUAUAACAUUGAGCAACUCGCAAAGAAGGGAAAGCAACUCGUCGACCUCCCCUACACAGUGAAAGGCAUGGACUGCUCGAUGUCCGGUAUUCUAGCUGCAAUUGAUGGUCUCGCCGCUCAAUAUGGCCUAAACGGCGAGCAAAAGGAGGAUGAGGAGGAACAUGAGACCACAGACGAACCCGUAUCAGACGGGACAUUAUCAACCCGUAAACCCACCCGCGCAGACCUUUGCUUCUCGCUCCAGGAGACUGUAUACUCAAUGCUGGUGGAGAUCACGGAGCGGGCGAUGGCACACGUCGGGUCAAAGGAGGUUCUGAUUGUGGGCGGAGUGGGAUGCAAUGAACGGUUACAAGAAAUGAUGGGGAUCAUGGUGCGAGACCGGGGCGGUAGUGUUCAUGCGACGGAUGAGAGGUUCUGUAUUGACAAUGGGAUUAUGAUUGCGCAGGCUGGUAUUCUGGCGUACAAGACUGGGUUCCGAACCCCCCUGAAGGAGUCGACAUGCACUCAGCGGUUUAGGACUGAUGACGUUUUUGUACAGUGGAGGGACUGA